UCAUGGAUGCUUGAUAUUCAUCCAAUUUGAGCAACCCCAAUAAGUUCUCCAUAUCCACAUAUGGACACUAGUAUGUACUUCUUUGAUUUGAACUCGUUGUACAUUUAUUCUGCUGAAAACUACUGUCAAACAAUCAUUGCCCACCAACAGAGAGUACUAAAUCCUCCUACUGCAUACUUUCACCAAACCCAUUAACAAACUAAAAGCAGCAGCUGACUAAAUGCAACCGUCAUCAAUUCCUUCCUGCUGCGGGAAAAGAAAAUAUCUCGAUACAGAAUGAAGUAGAGAAAGUACACGAACUGCAGAAAAGUGAAGAGGCUGAAGAAGAGGACAAACUGAAUGAGAGAAGGAAGAUGGGUAAAGCUGCCAUACAGUGAAAUGACGGAAUCCAUGACUUUUAUCUUAUAUUUUUGUUUCAAUGCAAUGGAAGGAAAGGAAAUCGUGGGCGGUAUGCAAUUUGUCCAACACAAACCAAUCAAACGCCCUUCUUUAUAUGAAACCUCUAACAGCUUUAGCUGUUUCCUCGCAGCCUGCAGCAACUUGCUCCCUGCCAUCCCGUCUCUCUCUCUCUCUCUCUCUCUUCAUUUUUUCUAUCAUCUCUUCAAUCAAAAUGGUCGUUUGGAUGAUCGACUUAGAAGAUGAUUACUUUCUAAUUAGUCAUCGUAAAAUAACCAAAACUUUGAAGACAUUAAAGCAGUUCAUCAACUUUUCAGUGAAAUUCGCUGAGUUGGCUAUCGAUCUUGUAAGCAUGCAGAAUUCAUAUGUCCUCAUGUUUAGAAUGAGUUGGACUAAUCAUAACGUAGGAUGAAAAGAGGAUAUGUGUUAAUUUGGGCUUAAUUGCAAGUUUGGUCACUCGAAUUUAUUGGAGGCACUCGAGCCCACUCAGCCCUCGGCCCAGUCAUCGGCCCACACGGUUAGAAUGCCUCCAUGUGUAAAGGCAAAUUAUGUAUUCUGUGAAACCCUAGUAGCUAGAAGCAAAAGGUAUAAAUACUUGUGUAUGGCAGCCGGCCACAUUGAGUAAUCAUCAAUAAGAAUUCACAAACUGGAGAGGCAUUCCUCUCCCGUGGACUAGUCCCGUACCUACGGGGAUACCAUGUAAAUCGAUCUUGUUCUCUCUUUUCCGCACUACAAUCUCGAUAUUUUACAUGGUAUCAGAGCUGUGAACACGAUUCCAGCUUCGCAUUCAUGUCAGGAGAAGAUCAUUCCUCCUUCACCGGCGAAACGCCGCCGUCCAAGUCAAGUGGAUCGGGUGGUUCUGGCAGCCAUCUCGAUGCGCUCAGUCCUUUAUUCAUUCAUCAGUCCGAUAGUACCGGCCAUCUCCAUGUUAGCAGCCUUCUAACCCCCACAAAUUACAGCGAGUGGGCCUUGGAGAUGACCGAUGCCCUCGUCACAAAGCAUAAGCUCGGUUUUGUUGACGGCAGCACCCCUCGUCCAGCUGCUGGUGUUGCCGAGCUCGGUCAAUGGAUUCGUUGUGACGCUCUCGUGAAGGGAUGGCUGCGGACAGCCAUGGAUCCUGAAGUCCGCAGUAGCGUCAUGCACGCUAAGACAGCACAGGAGAUAUGGGAGGAUCUCCGUGAUCGUUUUAGCAAAGGGAACCUCACCCGGGUCUACGAGCUGCGUCGUCACAUCAGCCAUCUCCAGCAAGAGAAACAAACUGUGUCUGGGUUCUACACGCAGCUCAGGAAGAAUUGGGAGGAAACCCAAUCUAUUUUGCCGCCGCCGUUGUGUGCGUGCGGUCGCCGCAGCCGUGACCAGAAUGAGAGCUUGCGGCUCCUCGAUUUCCUUUUGGGCCUCGACGACUCCUUCGCUACGGUCCGCAGUCAGAUAUUGUCCAUGACCCCUGUGCCUACUCUUCCUGAGGCAUUUCGCAUCGUCCAUAAUGACGAACAGCAGCGCCUGUUGACCCAAAGCCGCAAGGUUGCUCCCGAGGCGGCCGCGUUUGCUUCCCGCAGCGAGCCGGAGAAACGUGGAGGCGAUCAGCGCGACCAGCGUGGCGGCCGCGAUGGUGGCUCCAGUGCUCGGGAUCGCUCCUCUAGUGAUCGUGACCGCGAUCGUCCCGUCUGCUCGCACUGCCAGAAAGUUGGGCACGUCCGAGAAACCUGCUACGAGUUGAUUGGGUGGCCGCCGCGUGAUAAAACUGGUGAUCGCGGCGAGCGUGGUGAGCGCGGGACGUCGCGCCGUGGUCGCGGUCGCGAAGGCAGUAGAAGCAGAGAGCCUCACGCAUCACAGGCCGCUGCCGACUCUUCACCCGCGUCGGGCUUCACUGCUCAACAAUUGGAUCAACUCAAACAGCUCUUUGGGCAUUCUUUUGUUGGGCCGAGUGAGCCCAUCAGUAACAUGGCGGGUACGUUCUCUUCCUCUUUUGAAUCCGAAUGGUUAAUCGACUCCGGCUGCAAUGAACACAUCACCAUGGAUGAUUCUGUUUUUUCUUCAUACGAAUCUGAUAUGCCUAGCGCUCCUGUUCGAAUUCCGGAUGGCUCGAGCAUCCCUGUUAAACGCAUUGGUUCUGUUAAGCUUGAUGCAGGUCUCAGCUUGGGGCGUGUGCUUCACGUUCCCGAAUUUCGCUGCAACUUAUUGUCAGUAAGUCGCUUAUGUCAAGAACAUAAUGUUGCUUUAAUAUUUCUGGGUGAUUUCUGCGUCAUACAGGACUUAGACUCGAAGAACGUGAUUGGGAAGGGGGAGAUCCGUGAGGGUCUUUACUAUCUUCGUCUGUUUGGUUGUCGUACAGCUCGCGCGCAUGCAGUUGUCAAGAAUGGAGUCAUUUCUGCAGGUCUUUGGCAUGCACGGCUCGGACAUCCUUCUCAGGCAAAGAUGGAGCUUCUUGGUCGCACCAUUCCUUUCUCCCACUCACCCCAUGCUGUUUGCCAUCCUUGUUCACGUGCUAAGCAAGUCCGCACUCCUUUCCCCAUUCGUUCCAUACGCACGACGGCCUGUUUUGAACUGUUACAUAUGGAUAUUUGGGGUGGUUAUCAGACUGCUUCUUUCAGUGGCGCUCAUUAUUUUUUGACUAUUGUUGAUGAUUUUAGUCGUGCUGUAUGGGUUUACCUACUUCGUUUUAAGUCUGAAGUUUGUCGGUAUGUUCAGAUGUUUUGUCAGCUUGUUGCUACCCAGUUUGGUUGCCAGGUUCGGCGUAUUCAAGCAGAUAACGGCUUGGAAUUUCAGUCUGCUGCUCUUCAGCGGUAUUAUGAGCAGCAUGGCAUUGUGCUUCAUACUUCGUGUACUGACACGCCUCAACAAAAUGGCGUGGUUGAGCGGAAGCAUCGUCAUCUCCUUGACACAGCUCGUGCCCUCCGUUUUCAGGCCUCCUUACCAAUUCGCUUCUGGGGCUGUAGACACCACAUUUUGUCCGGAACAUUCAUGCUAGUUAUAUAUAUACAUAAACAACUAAUUGUAGCAUCACAAUGAUAUUUGGGGAAGGAAGUUUGAAAUAAUUUGGUUAAGACUAGCAGUAGCAAGUCAAUAUGAACCCCGCUCAUAUACAAUCCAAGAAUCAAUUCGAAUGGACACGAGGAUAAGUACUAUUUUGAAGCUUAAUACGCUUUAGGUUUGGGUUUGAAUUUGAGCAUUGGUUUACAAUGCAUAGAAGAAAAGAACAAAUCAAUAAAUACAAAAAACAUACUUCGCCAUUUUAUUUCUUCCAUGAUACAUUUGAUCGGGAAUUACAUAGAUAACAAAGGAAAGAUAGUAAUUAAAUAUAUGCAAUUAAAAGACCACUCCUUUAUAAACCGUGGACCUGCAACAGAAGAGAAGAACUAGUCAGUUCUCAAACCCAUACACCAGGUCCACAAUUUAAGCCCAAACCAAAGUAGUUCAAGUCCAAGAAGUAUAAAGCCAGUUUCUUUUCAAGCCCAAACAUAAAUCAGAUCAGGCCCAACUCGGCCCAAACCCGACAGGCCCAACUCGGCCAACUGGUUCGAUCCAGAGACCAGCCCAACAAUCCGACCCAGACCAGUUUGGUCUAACCAAAUCCUAUCUACAACCGACCAGGCACACUCUUCAAAGUCAUAUUAAAAAAAAUUGGACGAAUCAAAUAGUGACAAGUGGCGGUUUGAUUUAGCUAUAAGUAGAGCUCUUCAGCUCUUGAUUUGGGGGGACGAAAAAAAGACAGAAUGAGAAAUUUCUAAACACACUGAUUUCUUCAUUACAACAGCAAACUCAGUCAAGAAAUCUCAGGGGAGCAGCAAUCAACGAAGUGUUCUUCGAGCAGAAAUCCCAACAAGGUUGGUGCUUUUAACUCUACUUCCAUGAUUCGCGAUUAAUUUCAUCUCAUCUAGCAUCGUUUUUACUCUAUCGUUGUAAUCGUCCAUCAACUUGCCUACUCAUAUUAAAACGAUUUACUUCGUGCAAACCCCUUUUCAUUCAAGCGCUCUAUUUAUUCAUACCAAGUUCACUCAUGUAAUUUCUUUUCGGAUUAAGAUGAGUUCAAAUAAGCGCCUCCAUGCUUUUACAUCAAUUUCUUAUUUAAGUUUUGUCGAUUGAUUAGAAUACUGACUAUAACAACUAACAGUAGAAAGUAAAGUAGACAAACUUUAAAGAACCAAAACCUUUUUCUCUUUCGUAUAUUGGGGGUUAUGAUAGGUGUGAUCCGGAUCCAAUAGGAUCACCCUACAUAAUUAUAUUUCAUAUUUCGAACUCCACUUUGGCAAAGUCACAAGCAGAGGCAGUGAUUUUUAGUUGCCAAAAUUAUCUAUUUUAGAGCAUAUUAAUUACUUCCCAGUUAUAGAAAAUUCAUUUUUUUUCUUUUCUUUGUCAUUUUUAGAAAAAUCUAGCAUCCCACGAGUUACUUCUAAAACUAUCCACCAAACCACCAAGCAUGAAAACAUUCGAGAUCAUCAAACGCACAUACAACAUAUUUUCGAACCACAGAUCUGUAGGCUAAAUCUAAACCGCACACAAUCCUUUCCAUUUUUUUUUUUCAGUUUAACCUCCCUAGUCAUACCAAAACCGAAGUUAGAAGAGCCUUACCCAGAUCUGGAUUUAUUUCUCAAACCUACAAAAAAGAACGAACUAAAUUAAUUAUUUUUGUUGAUAAUAAAAAUGAUAGAUUAACAUAUAUUAAGGAGCCGAAAUCCUACCUUUCUUUUUUUGGAGACGAAGAUCGUCAUCGGCAGGAUCUCGCCGCCGACCACAUCCUAAACACAAGAAAAUGAAAUAAAUAUUAGUCGAAUCCCAAAUAAAUCACCUAAAACGAAUUGAAAAGAUUUUGCAUGUCAAGAACCUUACCUAGUUCGUCUAUUUCCGAUCGAAAUAGGGAGGUUAUAGUCAUCCUUCUGCCUGAUUCCAAAGAGGAGUCUUUCCUCAUCUUCUGCCUUUUUCUUCCUCCUCACCGAAACCAAAACCCAGAAACCCUCGAUUCAAAGAGAAAAAGGAAAGGUCAGAAUCCCAUAAAAAAAACAAAAGUCC